UAAAACCACCUUGAAUGGUAUGAUAAAACCGAAUAAAAUGCGAGCAGCUUCAGCAAUCACAAUCACGCCAAUCCCCAAUUCCCAUUUCCAUUACAACAACAAGCCGCCAGCUCCGAUUAGGCUUCGUCUCUGGGCCUCCAUUCUCAGCAUCGCCGCCGCCAACGCCAACAGAGCCACCAUGGUCACCACCGCCGCCGCCAGCAGCUGCAGCAGCCGCGGUGGCGCCUUCACCACACUCAAAGAAACCGUCACCUUCGAAAAAGAGAUCAAGAAGAGAAAAUUCAUCGCCCUCGCCGCUCCCGUCUCCGACGAACACUCCGCCUUCUCCUUCCUCUCCCAGGUUAAGGAUGCUCGUGCUACACACAAUUGCUGGGCUUACAAGGUGGGGGAUCAGUACCGGUCUAAUGACGAUGGAGAGCCGUCGGGGACGGCCGGGAAGCCCAUUCAGUCUGUAUAGUCUUCAGGGAUUGAUAAAGUAAUGGUUGUGGUUAUUAGGUAUUUUGGAGGUAUUAAAUUGGGGACUGGAGGACUAGUCAGGGCAUAUGAAGGAGUAACGUCAGAAUGCUUGAGGAAUGCCCCAACUCAUCUUGUGAAAUCGAAGGUAAGAAUGGGCGUGGAGGUUCCAUUUGAUCUUAUCGGCAUUUUAUAUUAUCAGCUACAAUCUUUUGAAGUUGUAGACAUCAAACAAGAUUAUGAAACUGGUAAAGAUGGUAUCACUAUGGUUACCUUUCAAGUUGAUUUUGACCGUGUUGAGAAAUUAGAGGAUGCUAUCAAAAACAACUGUAGCCGGGAGUUGGUAUUCUUUAAGAGCUGAAUUAUUCAUGGGUGGUGUAUACGGAGUCAUGACAAAGCAUCUUGAGACAGGUACAUUUAAUUUUCUUAACCCUGCUUGGGAGCAGUCAUAUGCUAUUGGCAUUGCCAAAGAAGUAUAGGAGUUACUCAAACAUCCAUUACUCGUUCAGGGUUACUCUAGUUGGAAUUGACUAUCAACUUGUUCUUGAAAGCUGCUCAUUCACCUGGCUGUUGUAUAUAGUACAUUCUUCCUUUGUAUAUGAAUAGAAAUAUACUUGUUGCUUAUCCACUUUGGAAUACUUUUAGCUGAGCUAAGCUUCUCAUACGUUCACUUGUUGGAGUAGAAGUUUUGUUAGUGUUAAUAUCCCUUGGCUGUUUUCUAAAAGAGAUGAUUCUAUUAGGAAUUGCUUGUUGUCAAACUUUGUGGCAUGUUUAUUAAGUUCUGUAUGUUUAAUGGGUAGUUCUGUUCGUUUAUAUAUGCUAAUAAAACAAAGCUUAUAUUGAUGCUUCAAUAUAAGUGAUUAUCAUUCAUAGUAAAUCAUAUAUCUUUUGGCUCACUGA